AUGGUAUUGAAUGAUACUGAAAACGACAGGGUGAGAGGAGAUAAGGAUACUACGAAAGUUCGUAAUUUGCGAGAAAGACCAUUAUUAUUACGACUUAACGGAAUAUUAUACGACAUAGCGCUCUUUGCAUCGAAACAUCCUGGAGGACAGAAGGUGCUUAAGCACUUAGCUGGUGAAGAUGUAGAUGAAUAUAUGAAUGGUAGUAAACGUAUUCUCGGUGUUAAACACGCACAUUCAGCAACUGCGUAUCGGAUGCUGGAAAAAUAUGCUGUCUACAAUUGCUAUAAGAGAAAUGAUGAAUUGUUAUCUGAUAAGCCGAUUUUAAAUAAAGUUGGCUAUUUGGGUGAUCGAUAUUGGACAUGGAUCCACCAACCAUACGAUGGGACACUUCGAUUGUUCGAAUCAGAUGUUCUAGAAAAUAUGACUAGGACAAGUUGGUGGGUGGUACCACUUGUUUGGUUGCCUUUGGUGAUCAUCUUCACAGUACGCGCCUUUGCACUGAUUUUCCAAAGCUAUGAAUUUCUGGAUGGCCUUAUUAUUUGGGCAGUCCUUUUUACAUUAGGUAUUCUUACAUGGACCCUUCUAGAAUACCUUCUUCAUCGUUUUGCAUUCCACUGGAAGCCUAAUCCAGAAUCACGCUUUCAAAUCAUUUUACAUUUCCUCUUACAUGGUUUGCAUCAUAAAACUCCAAUGGAUGCUGAUCGUUUGGUUUUUCCGCCAGUGCCAGCAGCUCCGAUUGUUGCAUUGUUUUAUUAUUUAUAUACUUCGUUACUUCCAUACGACGUAUUUUGUUGUUUUGGAGCUGGUAAACUGUUUGGUUAUAUCAUUUACGAUUGUUCACAUUACUAUUUUCAUCAUGCCGAUCCGUUACCAGGAACGAAUCUACACUUUCGAAAACUUUUGGGAUAUCGACUGUUUUAUGGGACUAUGUUUUUAACACAGUUGGCGCAGGGCCACUCUGAUGAAAUUGUCAUUAUCUUAAAUUAUUCAUUGAACUUCUGCUCAUUCGGGUAUACAUCGUCGGUGACCAUUGGUGAUUUUAAAAGAUUUUCUUGGGAUCAAGUAUUUUCACAAAGCGAAGAUGAGACAUUGUCGGAAGGCCGCUUUCGUUGCUUUUGGGAUUAUAGUAUAGAUCCCCAAGGCCGACAAACGCAAAGCGCUCAUCCAGCUCGUUUUUCACCCGAAGACAAAAAUUCGAAAUAUAGGAUAAUUAUCAAGAAACGUUUUGACUUUAUUAUGUUAGUUUGGGAAUGGCGACGGAAAUGGCGACAAUAUAUUCGUAAUAGGCGACCGCCAUCACGUUUAACAUAUCAACAAUUAACAAAAAGAUAUACAAGAGUCUCAUUCGUUCUCUUCAUUAUAGGAUGGCAUAUUGUUGGCUUUGUGAUAUGGAGAAAAAUAGAGAAAUGGAGAAAAGAUGAUCCACAUGAAAAAGUUUUACUGAGUGAAAUACCCAAAAAAGGUUUUAUAGAACUUGCAGAAGAAAAAGGGAGUGUUGAUUUUGAGGAUAGUGAUGAAUGA